AAUGUAGAAACUGCACUUUGUCAUCUCAUUAACACGCAGACGCUUUGAAUUGCUUCUUAUUUUACACAAUAUCCGAAUGGAUACUAACAUAUUGAUGGGCGUGCAAGAACGUUUGAGUUUGAACAAAUAGCAAAAGUAAUAAUAUGUUUAGUGAUUGCAAAAGACAUCAAUCACAAUUGGUAUAUGUGUGUGUAUUAUGUUGACAGAUUAAAUGAGUUAAACAUGACUUUAAGAGGAAUCCUCUGGGACACUGCUUCACUAUAAAGCAAUACAGAAUAUUUUAAAUCCAUGUAAACAAACUUUUCCACAAGAAACAUUAAACAUUUAAAUGAUUCAAGUUACUUUCAGAAGACAGAACGUAACUCAAGUGUUUGUGCUUCACAGUGAGAUAAACAAGCCUGAAUGGGAGCAGAAGAACAUCGACAAAGCUAUCGGAUACUCGUUUGCCAUCGUGGGCAUCAACAUCACAGACCUGGCGUACUCUCUGCUGGUGAGCGGAGCGCUGAAGACUCACCUGUACAACGUCGCUCCAGAGAUGCCGAGCCUGACGCACGUCCAGCAGACCUUCUGCUACCUGAUGCACGAGUUUCACCGUUUCUGGGUGGAGGAGGAUCCCAGCGACAUCAUGGAGUUCAACCGGGUCCGCUCCAAGUUCCACCGGAGGAUCCUGCGACAGCUGAAGAACCCGGACAUGGCUCUGUGCCCCCACUUCUCCGCCUCCGACCUCCACCUGGUCAACCUCUAAACACACACACACACACACACACACACACACACACAUCCCUCUUUGACCCCUUCAUCCCCCACAGAGCUCUCUCCUGGAUGUCCGGUCGGCCAUCAACACAUAAUUAAAUCUGAAACCCUUCCCCCUCACGUCGAUGGUUCCUUAAACAUCUGGACACAUCUGGGGAGACUCUCUUCCUCCUCUGCUCAGCCCACCUCGUCCCAGCUAACGUCAUGUCGCGUCACUGCCAAAAGCUCUCUCUCACACACACACACACACACACACACACACACACACACAUGUACACACACACUGCCUCUACGCCGUCACUGCAGCGUUACACCACCAGCAUCAGAGAUGACCAUAGCGAUUGUAGCUGUGCAUGAGGAGGCUGCACCACACUCAUCUUUUGCUUUAAUGAUCCAUGACGAUUGUAUCUCAGCCGUUACGCCUCAGUGAUGGACCCUGUGCUCAUGUUCUCUCAACACACCAAAUUUACUUUCUCAGCUAAAUAAUAAAACCCCUCUUUUAGAUUUCAGCAGAUAUCAGCUCAGAAUAUUUUGGCAAUUAGCUCGUCGGGCUUUCAGACACGAGGUCAAACGUGUCAAAACCAAUAUUUUGUAUUCCAAAUGAAGAGCUAUAGAUAUAUAAUGUACGUUUAAAGAAAUGUUGCAGGCGCUGAUUCAAUCAUAAGCUAUUAAACGAUACAGGGCCAGUUCCUCUCUUAGCUUCGUCUGUGUUCGCUAAUCCAUGUAGAUUGUAUUUGUGAUGUCGUCGUGACAUCAACACCGAAGACUUCUCCUUGCCAAAAUAUCGAAUGUGGAGAACUUACAAUCACAGCAGCAGUUUGUUUCUCGUCAGCGCUAAUGUAUGUUUUGUAAACCUGCAAAAUGAUGUUCAGAAGUAUUGAAUUGUUAAGUUACACGUAUGGAAUGUGUAGCGUUAGUUUGGAAACUAAAAGAACUUAACUUUUAAAGUCCCGCCAACAUUGUUUCUUCCAGGUUUGCAGAAAGUUUUCGCCUUUUGCUUUGAGCUUCUGUUCUGAAUGUUCCUCACACGCUCACGUCUACGAUUGUUUGAUUAUCUUUCACUUCACUGAAUGUGACACUGUGUCCACUGUUGUAUCAGCCAAAGCAAUAAUUUACAUUCAUUUCAGUGCACAUGUGUUUUAAAUGUUGUGACGUGCACCAUGCCUGCCUGAAGUAUUCCUCACUCAGAGCUGAUCGUAGCUGCUGCACGAGGAGAAGUCAAACAUCACGUUAAGACUUUGUGUAAUUAGUGUGAAGCUUAAUGGAAGUAACAAGUGGUCUUAGCUCUCCACGAUCUCUUUAAUAACUUCUUAAUGUUCCGAUAACUGCGACACAGAGAAGCUUUAAAACGGCAGCAACCAGAGAAAUAAGACGUUAAAUGUAAAAAGAGAUAAUUAAUUAGGUGGUAGAUCUUAAAACAGCAGAGAGCUGACGGUGGACAUUUAAAAUGCUAAAGAUGGAGGCGUUGACCAGCCAGUCAACGUGGGGGAAGUGUUUUUCCAUGUCACGUCAGUUCCUCACUGUGGACUAAUUAUUUAAUGUCUUUAUUUAUUUUCUUUAUUUUACCCAGAAAGCCCCAUUAAGAUUAUAAAUCAAAUAAUUAUUAUAAAUAUUUAAAAUAAAUGAAACAAUCUAGACUGAGUCGGGGAGCGCAAACCUCCGCCAAGGUUAAUGCUGCUUUCACAAUAUGAGACUAACACAUCUAGAAUCUCCCCUCCUCUUCAAACAUAUCUCCAGCUGCACACAUAUUAGAGUCACUUAGAGGAAACCCUGAAAGAUAAACAUAACUCUGUGCAGCAGAAACAUGUUCCCCCUCUCUGCUUUAUCUUGUUCAUCAUCCGGCGUCUGGUUAAUGGGGAGCGUCACUUCGAUGGUUAUCUCAGCUCUGAGUCACAUCCUUUACUUUCCCCUGAGAGAUAAAUCACCUGACACGCGUCUUCACUUGAUGUGACCAUGUGUAUUUAACAUUCACGAGCGAUCAUGCGUGAUGCUGACAGCUCGGACUAAUGUACACUGUCAUGUUACUGCCAUGCUUGCACUGUUGGUUGUGUUUUAAUAGCGUUGAAUAACUUUGUCCCACUGAAGUGAACGUUUCCUUUCCUGUCAGUGUUAAGCAGCUGUUUACUUCGGUGAAUGUCGACGCUGGUCUCAUCUCAUGCUCGCGUUUCGUUUUGCUUUGCAUAGUGAAAAAAAUAAAAAAGCAGUUUCCUUUUUAUGAUUCUAAAGUAAUUUGUGGUAUUAGGAGUAUACUGUGGAUGAAGUUAGAUACAGCAGCUGUACAUCCUGCUUUAAAACCACAAUCUGCAUGAAGGUAUUUCUACUGUCACUGAUACGGCGUUCUGUAUUCUUCUAUAAAGCCUAAAGUACUAAUAGAUAUUGUAAUUGUGUGCUUCAUUUGUCUGUGUUGUACCUUUUGAGACCACAAUAAAGACUAAAUGUCAGUUAAAAUUA